AGGGGAGGAAAAAAAGUUUGCUGGGCUGUUACGCUGGAUGCGAGCGGAGCGGGCGGGCGCCUCCUGAGCCAGCGGCUGUUUGAGUGGCGCAGAGUAGAAGGCGGCGGCGGCGGCGGCGGCGGACUGCGGGACGCGGAGCCGGGCCGGCAGCUCCUCUGGGCAGGGAUCUUUGCGCGGGCGCGCCGCGAUGUCUUCUCCGGCUAAGGCGAAGGAGGUUUUCUCCUCGGACGAAGAGGGCGCCGCCGCCGGGGCGGAGGAGCACCGCAAAGUCAAGGUCUCCAGCUUGCCUUUCAGCGUGGAGGCGCUCAUGUCCGACAAGAAGCCCCCCCGAGAUGCCAGCGCGGGCCUCGAGGGGGCGGGCUUGGGGACGUCCAGGCCUUUGCUCUUGCCCGGCCACGGCUCCAGGGAAGCUCCCAGCCCCGGGGGGCUUACAAAAACCUUCGAGACCUCGUCGGUGAAGUCGGAGAACUCCGAGGAUGGAUCGUCGUGGAUCCCGGAGGCCGGCAGAUACUCCCCGCCCCCAAGGCACCUGAGUCCCACGGCCUGUACAUUGAGAAAGCACAAGACCAAUCGGAAGCCCCGAACACCUUUUACCACCUCUCAGCUGCUGGCUUUGGAACGCAAAUUCCGUCAGAAGCAGUACCUUUCAAUUGCUGAAAGAGCUGAGUUCUCCAGCUCUCUUAACCUCACAGAGACCCAAGUCAAAAUCUGGUUCCAAAACCGGAGGGCCAAGGCAAAGAGACUGCAAGAAGCUGAGCUGGAAAAGCUAAAAAUGGCUGCCAAGCCCAUGUUGCCUUCUGGCUUCAGUCUCCCUUUCCCCAUCAACUCCCCAAUCCAAGCUGCCUCGCUCUAUGGAACAUCCUAUCCCUUUCAUAGACCUGUGCUUCCCAUCCCGCCUGUAGGACUCUAUGCUACUCCUGUUGGAUAUAGCAUGUACCACUUAUCCUAAGAAGACUGGAAUAUAUCACGGCAAUGCUAUAUAGACUUCCUGGUGGAUCUUGCCCUGUCCAAGAGCGCAGUACAAAAAGCCAGUACUGGUUGUUUUCCUGCAUGGUUGUAUGUGCCUUAUCAAGUAUAUAAGAGUUUGAAAGUAAAGCAGAGCCCAUGCUCUGCAGGUUGGGGAACCAGCCAGGUGUGAUCUCAACUCUCAAAAACUGAUUCUGAAAGAAAAGUCGUCCCCCCCCCCCCCCCAAUGCUUAAACUAAUAUAGUUUGUUUAUAUACUGCAGGGGGGGGGGCUCACUCUUAAAUCAUGUGUUCGCAAGGCAUAUUUGUUUUCCUUAUGACGUUCCUAGUGGAAUACUGAGAUAUGGGGCUUUUAAAAAUAGGAGUACAUCAACAUUUACAGUGAGGAAAUUUCCAGUCAGACCCUAUGCACAUGUUUUCAGAAGCAAGUCCCAUGGUAUGCAAUGGCACUUGUUCCCAUUUAGUGUGUGUGUGUGUGUGUGUGUGUGUAGGAAUGCAGGGUUCAAUUUGUUGUGACUGGAUAGGGGAAGCUUAAAGAUUGACUGGUGAAUCUGCUUCGUUUAGAAUACCAAUUUCAGAAGUAAAAAUCAAUGUUAAGAGAAACAAAUGUAAGACAGGGCAAACUUGAGUUGCUGUCUGUCUUUCCUCAUGGGCCUUGGACUCCACCGUGUUCCGUAAAUUGUAUUUUAAGUCGCUGGGAUGUUGAAAUAAAAAGAUAUUCUGGACCGGAUGAGCACUGGUGUGGUCCAGUAAAACAAGAAUUAGGUUUUAAAAUGCGGUUCUUAAAAACUGCAAUUCCCUAAUAUUUGCCGAGGAGCAGAUAUAAAUGGAACUGAUUCUGUAGAAAAGGAUUAGCUUGAGAAAAAGUGAGGUGAAUAAUGAUUUUGCCAGCCUUUAGUUCACAGUUUAUUCUUGCUUCUAGAAUGACAUGUAAAGAUGGGUGUGCAGUAUGCAGCAGCCAAGGAAAAAGAGUAGGUUGUAAAAGCUUUGUCUUAACACUAUUCUCCCUUGUUUGGUUAAUCAUUGCCACUUAACAGUUAAGAGAAUUUAUACUUUGCUAUUUGAUGCUCAGGCAAAGUUAGGAUAGAGGUAUGAAGAAAGGCGUUGCUUGUGAGUCUAUCAAAACCAUGUUGCAGCGCAGUGUUGUUUUUAUUGAUGUUGUAUUGUGUUAACCAUUAUUAGCUUACAAAAAUGAAUUAUGCUUGAAUGUUUCUUGAAAGACCCAUAGACCCAGCAAAUUUAUGGGAACAAGAUGGUGCCAGUCACAUCAGCAAAAUUACCCCUUCCCUUUUCAUUUUGAGGAAGAUGGGUCCUAUUUUGUUCUAAUUGUUUUGUUAUUGUUAUGGCUAAACUUAGUGGUAAAAUGUCUAUAGAGGAUGCAGAUUGCUGAAGACUGGACUUCUCCGGGAUAUUACAAAGGAAAGAAACCACAAGAUUUUUGGUCUUCUCCCUACCACAGGCUGUGUUAUAAGUUCUGCCCAUUAGCUCAGUUCCACCCUUUUACCCCCAGCCUACUAAAAUCCCUUUGAAAGGGAUGCCUUGUACAAUUUUAUAUAUUUUAUUGAAGAUUUAUUAUUUCUUAUCUCUUUUAUUUAGAAUUAAAUUAAAAAAAACUUGUUUAA